AUGACGUCCCGCAACACAGACGCAGGCUGGGACGACAGCACCUCGAGUGAGAGGACCGCCACAAUAUACCAGUUUCCCGAAAUCGCCAUCCCCCUGUGGGCAACACUCCUAGGCGUCACAGAAAGUCAGAUCCAGACGAGCACGAAGCGGGUCGCCGGCAGCAUCUCCCAAAAGCUGUCACGGCCCAUCACCCAGGAGGAGGUGGCGUCGCUAACGACCAUCUCGGCGCGCGACGUGGUGAUUCACUCGGCUCAAGCUCCCGAUCGGUCUCACCAUGGCCGCGGUCAUCGCCUACAACGGACGCGCCAAGUUUCGCUUCCCUUUCUGGCAGCCCAAAUGGGUCAAGACGAGCCCGCACGUGUUCCCAGCUGCACAGCAGUGCUGAGGGCAGCGCGCACUACGCGUGCACAUCUCAAGGCCCUCGCCGACGCCCUGCGCCGCCAGAGGGGCGGGCGAGGCGCCCAGCGGCCAGACGCCGGACGGGGGCAGGUACACGUCGAGGGCCAGCAAGACGGAGCUCAUCCGGGCCAAGGACGAGCUCGAGGCCGGCCCUGCGCCAAGGCAGAGGAGUCGCUGCGCAACAGCGCCAACACGUCACCGGAGGCUCUCGAGUCUGGGCUCAACGCCAUCCGGGAGGCCAAGACGGAGCAGCUGCGUCGGCUUGAUGAGGCCAUUGCGGCCAAGGAGGACCCGCAGCACUCUGUUGAUCAGGAAAAGGAGUACGACACUCUCGCUGGCUCUGGGCCAGGUACGCCUGCCACGUCACAAAGCACAUAUGCCACAGGGCCGACCAAGCCGACGACCUGGACUUCGGGCUCCACGGAGACCACGCAGUCUCCAGGCUGGGGCAGCUCGGGCGUCGAGGGCAUCGACGACGAUGCGUCGCCCGUGGCACCAGGCGCCAGAGGCUCUCCGCAAGGCACAUUCUCCGGGUCGGCAUGGGAUAGAGUGCGUCAGCAAGCGGCGGCAGACAGACAGCAGCAGGGCCGCGUGCCGAACGCCAACGCCGGCAGCUACGGGAGCAACUACCCGUACAAGGCGACAGAAAAGGACAAGGCCGAGGCCAAGAGCCAGGCGCAGGAGGAGUUUGAUGCGCUGCUCGAGCGGGAGAGACAGGUUGAUGAGGGCAAGUCUGGUUGGGGAAGGCGGUCAUGA